AUGAUUUUACUGCCAAAAACUAAAUGCAGUACUGUUAGUGUCGAAGAUACACGCCCUAUAUCUUUACUACCAUGUUUUUCUAAAUUGUAUGAAAAAUGUUUUCUUGUUCAUUUUCGUAUAUGGGUUCAAGAUGCCGGUAUACUUCCCGAUGAACAGACUGGUUUUAGACAGGGUCAUAAUAUGGCAGUGCAAAUCGUAUCAAUUAUUGAUCAGAUCGGUCAAAGUUUAAAUCAAAAUACCGCUGCAGCAGCAUUAUUUGUCGAUUUUAAAGCGGCGUUUAAUCAACUAUGGUACAAAGGUUUAUGGCUUAAACUUCGUAGGCUGGGCUGUCCUUUGCACCUAUUGGCUUGGUUACGUUCUUAUCUAAAGAAUUGA